AAUCAACCAACAGCAAGUAAUACACAACUCCGGCUGCUCUUCCUCCAAUCUCAUCGCAGGAACAUGGGUCUAGAGCACCUCCAGCCAACGGAAUCCAAUCAAAGCACACGGAGCUGACUUUAUCCAUGCUCACCUCCAGGUCGUUAUGAUCGCCAUAGUGUUGCGAAUCAUUCUUCCAUCUAGACGAAACCCGACCAAUGACUGUCGCACAGCUUGUAUCCAAGUCCCAAGUCACGCAAAGGUAUCACCAACCGCCCUGCCCCCUCUCAACACGCUCGAACAUGCAUCGUGGUCUCUCGAUAUCCACCUCCUUGUUACCGUUACUAACACAGCACGCGAGGAACCACGGACUAUACACGAAGUCUUGGCCCACUGGGUACCAUCCACGGUUCCGCCCUCAGCCACCAAGCCACAUCCACAGUUACGGGACGUAGCUCCAGCCACAGCCACUCAUCGCUUCGGCUUCAAAAAUGACGCUGCACUCGGGAUUCAGGCAGGCUGUCAUUUGCCAGCUGCGCAGCCACCGGGAAGGGUGUGUGCGCAUAUAAGUGGAUCGCUUAGGCGACAGACGCGAAGAAAACCUGCUGCCGUCGACGACCAGCUCAGGCAUCCUGCAACGCGUGUCGGUAAGGAUGACCACGUUGGGAAUGGUUGCCCAGAGGAGAGGUAUGCUGUAAGUUGGCGGCGAGUCAGUGGCAGAGAUGACAGCGCCAGCGACAGGAGGAGAGACAGGUGCUUGGUUGUGUCGCCAAGCUCAUGCUGCAGAUGUAUGUAUUUUAACUCAGAUGUAUGCUAGCAAGUGUCGGCCGCUAGAUACGCAAGGGACUGCGGCAUCAAGGUAGGUAACUACCGGUGACUAGGUAGCUACUCGACCCUCUCUUCGCCUA